AUGUCCGAACAAGCACAAGCACAGCAACCAGCGAAAGUUACCCCUUCCAAAGAUUCCAGCAAGAAUGGCAGCGGGGUGUCCACGGUUCUCGACACCAAAUGGGACAUUGUUCUGUCAAACAUGCUAGUUAAGACCGCUAUGGGGUUUGGUGUUGGUGUUUUCACCUCAGUAUUAUUCUUUAAGCGCCGUGCGUUCCCUGUAUGGCUAGGAAUUGGAUUUGGUGUGGGAAGAGGCUACGCUGAGGGUGACGCCAUCUUUAGAUCUAGCGCAGGCCUCAGAUCCUCGAAGGUUUAG